AUGCCUCCCAAGUUCGACCCCAAUGAGGUGAAGGUCAUUCACCUGCGUGUGACUGGUGGUGAGGUCGGAGCUCAGUCCGCUCUGGCCCCCAAGAUCGGUCCCCUGGGUCUGUCUCCCAAGAAGAUUGGUGAAGACAUUGCCAAGAACACUGGUGACUGGAAGGGUCUCCGUGUCACGGUCAAGCUCACCAUCCAGAACCGUCAGGCCGCGGUCUCGGUUGUCCCCUCCGCCUCUUCGCUGGUCAUCAAGGCUCUGAAGGAGCCCCCGCGUGACCGCAAGAAGGAGAAGGGCAUCAAGCACACCAAGUCUAUCCCUCUGGACGACAUCAUCGACAUCGCCCGCACCAUGCGCUCGCGCUCGAUGGCCAAGGAGCUCCGCGGCACCGUCCUCGAGAUCCUGGGUACUGCUUUCUCCGUCGGCUGCCAGGUCGACGGCCGCAACCCCAAGGACGUUAGCGACGAUGUCAAGGAAGGCGAGAUUGACAUCCCUGAGGAGUAA